AAAAUAAUCAUCGCUAACUCUCCUCCCUCCCUCCCUCCAUCGGCGCACAUCUCAUCACCAUUUGAAGGAACGCAGGCAGGCAGCCAGACCAGGAAGAAGAAAGAUCAGAUGGCACUAAAAAGUGUCACAAAAAUGUUAUCCCAGAGGUUGUUUCCCGGGGGCACUAGAGGAGGAACCGAGACCAGCAAACAUAUUACGGAUGAAAACUUGCGAAGUCUUUAUGCACACCUUAAGCAGGAUAUUGCAGAAGUAAACCAACUCACUGAUGAAUUCCAUGCUAUCUUUGCCCUAAAAAGGGCGGUGACCAGGGAUCGAAUCAUAUGGUCAUCGUUCAUUCUCAGUGUUGGUUUUAACGUAGUUCAGCAGUUUGAAGAAAUCAUGAAAAGUAGAAAUGCCAUCAAAGAUAAAGAAUCCCAGUUGUCAGCUCGCAGUGCCGAAAAGCAAGAGUUACGAUUGCCAGCUUUAGCAGCAUAAGAUAUGGGCGCUAAGUUAUCUCUCCGUACUUUUGUACCUGGAGACUACUUAAUUUGUCUGGCAUGGGCUUACUCUAAGUUAUGUGAGUUUAUUAUUAUUAGCUAGAUGAAGUAUUCACCGGAACCUCUGACCAUAUAAGUUGCAUGUAAUGUUGGGGUUACACAUCUCCUAACUUUAACUUCUGUAUCUAUGUACGCAUGGUGUGCUCCUUUUAAACUAUUGAUGCUCCCAUUAUCUAUAUCUAUAUAUAUUAGAGUCGUUAAUUAU